AUGGCUUCCCAGGCAGCCAGGAAAUUGACGGCGAACCACUAUACUGUGGGCUGGAUCUGCGCUCUUCCUCUGGAAUUGACAGCUUCCGAGGGGAUGCUAGACAAAGUGCAUGAGGGGCUCCAGCUUGCAGAAGGCGAUAAGAAUACGUAUGUUUUGGGCGAGAUCAAUGGACACAAUAUCGCCAUGACAUGUCUCCCGGCUGGGAGCAUAGGGCAGACUUCGGCUGCCACCGUUGCGGUAGACAUGAGGCAUAGCUUCCCAAGAAUUCAGUUCGGUUUGAUGGUGGGAAUUGGAGGAGGGGCACCGAAUCCGAGUGCACGUCCCGAUGAGGAUAUUAGGUUAGGUGAUGUCGUAGUCAGUAUCCAGACUGGCGAACUAGGCGCUGUAAUCAAGUAUGAUCAGGGGAAGGUGGUAGCCGGCGGAGAAUUUCAACAUACAGGUAUCUUGAAUGUUCCACCAUCGGUACUCACUAGUGGAGUUAGCAUUCUGAAGAGCAAGCCCGAAAUUUUGAGGAAUGCUAUUACUCGCAACAUCACAGAAAUGAUUGAAAAGAACAACAAGUCCGAAGAUGCAAAGUUGGAACCAAUGCAGAAAUAUCAACAUCCUGGUGCCGAAUACGAUCAAUUAUUCGAAGCGGACUAUGAGCAUAUUGAGAAGACAGAUCCACCAAACCCUGUCAUGCACACACUUCAGAACAACGAAAAUGAUCCGGAAUACCCGUGUCCCCAUUGCGAUGAAGAGCGUAUGGUACCGAGGCGCCCUCGAAGGAAAAGAGAUCCGGUAAUUCAUUAUGGAACCAUUGCAUCUGCCGACGUUGUAAUGAGACACGGCGAGACGAGAGAGAAGUUGCGAAAGAAAUACGGCAUUUUGUGUUUCGAAAUGGAGGCUGGUGGAUUGAUGAACCACUUUCCCUGCCUCGUCAUUCGCGGUAUCUGCGACUACUCUGAUACGCAUAAACACAAGACAUGGCAACCAUAUGCGGCGGCGACAGCGGCUGCAUACGCAAAAGAACUACUCAGAAUUGUGCAAAAAGUGGAAGCCAUUGAAACUAGAUCGGAAGAGACCAGGGAAGAAAUUGAAAAGAUCCGAAAAGAACUCGAAGAUAUGAAGAAAGGAAAGUCAAAAUUCAAAUUUAAUUUUACUUUGCGACAUACUGACGUACUCAAAGAUCGACAGCAGCAGGGGCAGAAGCAAAAACGUGAUGAAAUACUGGACUGGCUUGAUGCGGACACGCACACCAAGAAAUGGGCAGAUUCUCGAAUGAAACGACAUCGUGACACCGGGAAAGCGUUUGUAGAAUCGCAAUCUUUUCUUCACUGGGUGAACGGUAAUACUCAGACGCUUUGGUGCCAUGGUAUUGCCGGAUCAGGCAAAACAAUCUUUGCUUCUCUGGUAGUUGACCACUUACACGCCAAACAGGCAGGAAGGGCAUCAAACGAAAAAGCUGCAGUCGUUUGUUUGUACCUCGAAUAUGAACGAAUGCAAGAGCAGUCUCUCCAGUCAUUAUUGGCGGCAAUCCUGAGACAGCUUGUUCAACAGUCCCCGCAACUCCCUAGUUCCGUAACGGAGCUUCACAAAACCCAUACAGAAAAUCGAAGCCAGCCGCUGUUGGAAGAAAUAAGCUCCAUUCUGGCCGACGUGCUUCAAAAGUUUCCACGGGCUUUUCUCGUGGUAGAUGCCCUUGAUGAGUGCUCUGAGGACACCGUACGGGAGCUCUUGUCAAAUCUGAGAGAUCAUCAGAAAAGCACGGGGAUGAAAAUUUUAGCCACUUCCAGGCCAACAGUUGACUUCAAAGAAUCCUUUGAAAACUAUGAUUCGAUGGAAAUCAAAGCUCUAGAACAAGAUGUGAAAGCUGUCCUUGAUGCCCUUAUAAUAAAACUGCCCAAGCUGGUUAGAGAAGAUAAAAAGUUGCAGGUGAAGAUCAAGAACUCCAUAGUUGAAGCAGUUGAUGGAAUGUUUGUGCUUGUCGAACCGUUCCUGCACUCACUACGUAGUGAAAGAACAGUUGGGGACAUUAACGAUGCCUUGAAAGCCCUCAAGGAGAGCCCUGAUAAGAUAUCUACCGUAUAUGAACGCACUCUGAAGAGAAUAGAUGGUCAUUUUCCCAAAGAUCAGCAAAUGGCACGUCGAAUUCUGUCCUGGGUAAUCCUCGCAAAACGACCCCUGUCGUGCCAAGAGCUUCAACAUGCGUGCAAUGUGAGGAUUGGAUCAGACUUUGACCAGGAUUAUUUUCGAGGAAAUCUUGAAGAAUCAGUUGCUCUUUGCUUGGGCUUAGUUGUGAUAAAUAAGAAGAGUGACAGUGUGCAAUUGAUGCACCAUACGGCAAAGAUUUACUUCCAAGACACCGCGAAUCAACCAGAUUGGAUAUGUUCCGCAAACGAAACAAUCAUCGGUGCCUGCGUUUCUUAUCUUUCAUUCUCCGUCUUUUCUAAAGGGCCAUGUUCCGAUGACCAAAGGUUACGUUCUCGACUUAAAAAAUUUCCGUUCCUUGAAUAUGCGGCGCAAGAAUGGGGAAAUCAUUUGCGCGAGAGCGCUGAAGCAGCGGUGGUUCAAGCAGAAGACCAGGCCUCUCUGUUCCUCAAAAUGGCAUCAAAUGUUUGGACUUCUCAUCAGGUCUUGCAUCUCCCUGGGUAUCGGUACCCAGGGUACAGCCAGCAUUUUAUCAAAGGAGCCAAUGGCUUGCAGCUUGCCGCUGCUUUUGGUCUUACAAAAAUCGUUGGACAGCUUCUCGAGGAGGGCAUAGAUAUCGCCGCGACUGAUGAAGACGGUGGAACAGCUUUGCAUCGCGCCGCUGAGAACGGGCAUGUUGAUGUAGUCAUGCUGCUUCUCCAGAAGGGGGCAGAUAUCAAUUUUCAGAAGAAAAAACAACGACUCACGGCCUUACACCUCGCUGCCUUGAAUGGCCACAGCGCAGUGGUAAAAUCUCUUCUCCAAGAAGGGGCCCAAGCGAAUUUACAAGAUGACGAAGGCUGGACCGCUUUACAUGUGGCAGCUUGGACUGGAAAAAUUGGCGUAAUUGAUGUUCUUCUCGAGCAUGUGGAUGUCCACCAGCGAGGAAAGGAUGGUGUUACGGCGCUUCACUGUGCGGCCGGCCAAGGUCGACGUAACGUGGUGGAAAUGCUGAUAGAACGUGGUGCCGAUUUGAAUACGAAAGAUGCAUACGGGUGGACGGCAUUGCAUUGGGCGUCGAAAAAGCGUCAUGAGUGGGCGAAACUUCGACAACUUGAGUUCAAGGAUGAGUCAACCACGUGGGGAGAACAGAUGAAAAAAGUGACCAAGGUGACAGGUAUGCUGCGUGAUACAUUCAAUCUUCCAAAAAAGCUUGUUAUGAUGGGUAAACAAGCUGUUGAAAAGAAUUGGGAGGAUGAUUUGGCAUAUGCAACAGAUGGCUUCGCUCUGGACCUCAAAACUAAUGACCGCGGCAUGCUCACGACGCUGUAUUUCUCCACCAAAAUAGAGACAUUUGUUCCCCCUUGGCUCCUGCCGAAGCCAGAAGAACAAAUCCCGACGGUACGCCUGAUUCUCGCCGUUCAAGACGAAUUGGCUGCACUACAGUGUCUUUUUCAGUGCGGCCACGGAUCGGUGGCCGAGUUGCUGGUGAAGAAGGGAGCAGAUAUCAAUGCAAAAUGUCGCGCUGUAGUUGCCACAAACUUCUUGAACAUGAAAUUCUUGAAAAUGAGCGCAGGACCAACGGCACUGCAUAUAGCAAGCCUGUCUGGACACAGGGCAAUGGUACAGAUGCUUCUAGACAGGGGAGCAGAUACAGAAUCUUUAUGUGAAGUCGGUAUUGGUGAGGAUUGGCUCAGUGCACAACUGACAGCAUUGCACUGCGCAGUGGUGUCCGGCAACAAAGAGGCCAUUACGUUGGUUCUUGAUAGAGGCGCGGAUAUCGACUCAACAUGCCAUGUGCACUUUAAAAAUAUCAGAGCUAAGAUAACUUCACUUCAUCUCGCUAUUAUCUGGGGGCACGUGGAUGUGGUGAAACUGUUGCUUGCACGCGGAGGAAGCAUAACUAGACCAUGCUUCAUAAAUGCCGACAAAGGCAGCAAAUCAACGGGAUUUCGCCAUCCACAGCUCAAUUUCAAUAUAAGAACAGAAAUAGAAAUGCCGGUCGUACAUCUUGCAUCUAUUUUCGGCAAACAAGAUGUGAUCUCAGAACUCUUACAGAAGGGAGCAGAUUGCACGAGUCACCUCCAGGCGCAUAUCGACAUUUUCAAUUUCAGUUUUAGUGCAUUGCAUGUCGCGUCAUUUCUAGGACAUUCAAAAGCAGUGCAUACCCUUCUUGAAUACGGUGCAUUUGUCGAUGCCAAUGCUGAGCUUUGUAUAUAUGAUAACUGCCGCCUAAGACUGAACGCCUUACAACUUGCUUUAUUAUCCAACUCCACACUAGUUGUACAGCUGCUGCUCGGAAAGGGGGCUAAUAUACACACCAAAGGUCAUGCUGACAACAACAAAAUCUCUCACAUGGAAUGGACCCCUCUGCACAUUGCAGCGUUAACAGCAGACGCUAAGACAGUGCGGCUCCUUCUCGAAGCCGGUGCUGAUGUCCAUGAAAAGCUGCAAGGUGAAAUGGACUCCUCAUAUCUACCACUUACAACAGAAAGUUUCAUAGACCGAGCAGCAAGGAUGUUAGCCGCCCUAUUAGGAGAUGAAUUUACCCCAUCAUCUGUUCAUGAAAAGACCACCCCACCUCAGGGAACAGAUAAGCAGACUGGACAAAAAGCGCAUUUCGAGCUUAAUGCCCUACAUUUAGCCGUCAUUUCUAAGAGCGAUGCGAAGGUCGAGAAAAUUCUCCAAUCCGGUGCAGAUGUGAAAAGCAAGUUCAUUAUAAACGCACAGGACCUACUCCUAGAGGCAAUACCGCUCCAUUUGGCGACUAUUUGGCACGAUAAGAAUAUAGCCACGCGCUUAAUAAAGGCAGGAUCAGAUGUGCAAGCAACACUUCCAUUGAAGAUCAGCAAGUUGUUGAGCAUUGAGGUGACUCCAUUGCAUCUCGCCUCUCUAGCUGGAAAUGGAGACACUGUACACGGUCUGCUCCGUUUGGGUGCUAAAGAAACGUCUGCUAUUAUACGUGUUGCACAGAUGCGAGUUGAAAUGUCAGCUUUUCAUUUUGCGGCCAUCAACGGAAGCACUGCUGUUACUCAACUUCUCAUCGAUGAUGGCUCUAACGUUGGCCUGCAUUGCAGCAUGAAAUUUCCUUCGGUCGAGAUGAACUUGACAGCUGUGCAUAUCGCAGCGGUAUUUAAACAUGAAUCGUUGCUAAGUCUGCUGCUCAGCUAUGGUGCUGACGUAAAAGAACAGGUGCAGGUCAAGAGCAGAAUCGGCAACAGUUCCAUUACUCCGCUCCAUCUCGCAUUAAUCCUGGGAAGUGAUAUUCUCGAUCUCGGAAUUACAAAGCUGCUACUCAAGCAUGGCGCAGAUGUCUCCAUCCCUUUCCGAGUUGACUUCAUCCCCGGAGUGCAUAUUGAAUCAUCCGUCUUGCAUUUAGCUGCCAUGUCAGGGGAUUGGAAAUUAGUGGGGCAUCUUAUCAAAAGCGGCGCUGAUGCCACCUUGAAGGCUAGUUUAAGCAUUCACACGGUCCAUAUAGACAUAUCAUUGUUACCUUUUGCCACUCUGUGGAAGGGCGAAACGAUAGUCAGGGCGCUGAUCGAGUCUGGGGCAGACGUAAACGAAACAUGCUCUUUGACGAUAGGUAAUCAGCUAAAGGUAUCUAUUACAGCAUUGCAUUUAGCCGCGAUGACUGGAAAUGAAGCCAUUGCUCGGUUUCUUUUGCAGAAGGGAGCUAUAUCUCACUUAGCUAGCAACGAUUCGGAAGGCUCCAAUACACAAAGCAACGUGUCACCCUUGCACCUGGCCCUACUAAGGGGCAAGCAAAAUGUGGUGAAUUUGUUAAUCGAACAUGGAGCGAGCAUCCUACCCAAUCUUCAAAUUAUCACUAAGACGUCUCGGAUAGUGCUAUCUGCCUUGAUACUUUCCAGCCUACGCGGAAACAUGUCGUUUGUCAAAGAGCUCGUGAAAAAGGGUGUCGACGUAAACGCUACUUCGAUGAUACGAAUCAGAAAGGUAGAUUUGAAGUUUACAGCUCUUACUGUGGCCACUCUCGAGAGGAGAAAGAAUCUGCUGGUCUACCUCCUCAAACAUGGGGCUGAUGUGCAUCAGCCUCUUGAAAUGAAUUUUGGCAGUUCCUCGAUCAAGCUGAUGCCUCUACACUUAGCUACGCUAGUCCACGCCCGAAAAUUGGUCAGGAUCCUCCUCAAGUACAAGGCCGACGCUCGCGCCCCUCUUCAUUUGACAGGCAAAAAAUGGUACAUCACUGGGACAUCAUUACAUCUCUCAAGUUUGUUUCGUGAUGCCCGUGAUAUUGUGGAAUUACUCUUGAGCAAUGGAGCUAAAAUACAAGACAAGUUCCAAAUUGGCAUCUUUAACAUCAAUGCUGAAAUGAAUGCGAUACAUUUUGCCAUCGGACGAGGAUCUCGGACGAUGUUGAAAACCCUUCUGAGAAAUGGAGGGAAUGGUGACACCAGCCUUAGGUUCAGCCUCCGGAACUUGGGUAUGCAGCUUUCAAGCCUCCAUUUGGCGCUAUUGUUGAAGCGGGAGGCGCUAGUUGAACUUCUACUUGCCGAGAGAAUUGACAUUCAUGCACCUUACACAGUAGGUGUCAGUAAGAAGUUUCAGACGGAGAUUUCGGUAUUACACUUGGCUACUCUCUGUGGUAAAGAUGGCAUUCCUGGUCUGUCUCAGAACGGGGUUGAUAUCCAUGCUAGAUCUCUAGCCAAAGUGGAUACGGUACUACAAUUCGAACUGAGCAUUCUGGAUGUCAUGACCUUGUUCGGUACCCGGGAGGUGACCGAAUCUUUCAAGAAGAUGAUGCAAGAUAACGAGAUACAGCAGAACGAGCCGGGAAAAAAUCUCGCGCUCUAUCUAGCGACUGCUUUAGGAUACAAACCGGUCUUGAAGCUUCUUCUAGAAAGAACUGACGAAAUAGAUGAAAAGCUGAGUGUCACAAUUCAUGCUACUGUUGACAGGGCUUUCGAGGGUCAAAUCUCGAACCACAUUGAUACAACAGUAGAAUUAGAAAUUCACACCGAGCUAUCCGUAUUCCACCUGGCCACCAUACUUGGAGACGUUGAUGCCGCGCAGCUACUCAUCGACAAAGGCGCGGAUAUCAAUGCGAUUUGUCAGAUCGAAAUUGAAGACGGCUUGAAAGCUGAUUUGACGCCUUUAAUGCUGGCUACCAUGUGGAAACAUGAUGGGAUGGUACAAUUGAUGCUCAAGAAUGGGGCCAAAGUCUCGCAUACCGGGAAGGCGAGAAUUGGACGCACAGUCAGUACCGAGAUUAUAGCUCCACACCUUUCAGCUAUAUUUGGACAUGAAGGAGUAAACCGAGUGCUUAAAAAAGUUGACAAUAUCGAAGCGAAGAUCAACGCCGAAUUGACUACUUUACAUCUCGCCGCAGUACUCGAUGAUGCGUCGAUGAUCAGCCGUUUGCUUGAGCACGGAGCCGACCCAGACAUGCGCUGCCAAAUUGAUAUAGACGCCAAGCACCAAAGUAAGAUAGACGUAAACUUUCAAUUGCAACUGACGCCACUGCAUUUGGCUGCUUGGGCUGGGCACGAAAAUAACGUGACAACGCUGCUGGUAAAGGGCGAUGCCGACAUCGAUGCAAAGAUUCAAGCAGGCGGCAAGGCAGCCCUAGAUUUCGGUCUGCGAAUCAACAAAAAGAUGCAGCCAGGAGGAACGGCUUUACACAUAGCUGUUGGGCUCGGAAAGGUAAGAGUGGCUCGGACGCUUAUCAACAAUGGAGCGGAUAUCAGUGCGAAAACCCGAGAUGGGCGCACUGUUCUACAAUGCGCUACAGAUGGUCCAAAUGGGGAAUCAAUAGCGCAGGCCAUUAAAUUGAGAGAAAUGAAAGAAAGCACUGAUGCUACAUCAAAAGACAUGAAAGAAGGCUUCGUUCGGAAGCUGCGUAAGGCUUUCUACGUGGGACAGGGGAACGGCAAACAGCCAAAAAGAGGCAAUUGA